AUGUCACCAGUAACUUCCAAUUAUUCGGUUCCGCUCUAUACUACGUCCAAUGGCUGUCCUGUUAGGGACCCCAAUGCCAUGAUCAAGAUGGGUACGUUCGGUCCAACUCUUCUCCAAGACCAUCAUUUGAUUGAUCUUAUCGCGCAUUUUGACCGUGAGAGGAUCCCCGAGCGUGUUGCUCAUGCCAAGGGAUCUGGUGCUCAUGGGUACCUAGAAGUCACCGAUGAUGUCUCUGAUAUAGUCAGUGCAGAUUUCUUGAAUGGUAUUGGCAAAAAGACACCUCUCUUCCUUCGUUUCUCUACUGUCGGUGGUGAAAGAGGUACCGCCGACUCUGCUCGUGAUCCCCGUGGAUUCGCUAUCAAGUUCUAUACCCAAGAAGGUGUCAUUGACUGGGUCAACAUUAACAGUCCCAUCUUCUUCAUCAGAAAUGGUGUCCAAUUUCCAUACUUGGUCCAUACUCAGAAGGCUAGGGAUCCCAAAACCAACUUAAAGGAUCCUAAUAUAUAUUGGGAUUUCUUGUUAAACAACCCAGAGUCUGUUCACAACAUCAUGUUUGUGUUCUCUGAUCGUGGUACUCCUUACUCAUAUAGACACAUGCAUGGUUUUUCGGCCCACACUUACAAGUGGAUCAAUAAAGAAGGUCAAUUCCACUAUGUUCAAGUCCACCUGCUCACCGAUCAGGGUAUUAAAAACUUGAAUAACGAAGAGGCACAUGCUUUGGAAGCAGAUGAUCCAGAUCACGCAGGUCGUGAUUUGUAUGAGUCUAUUGAGCGUGGUGGGCACCCCUCUUGGACCAUCUAUGUUCAAACAAUGACCGCAGAACAGGCAGAGCAAGCAGACUUUAGUGUGUUCGAUUUGACCAAGACCUGGCCCCAAAAGGAGUAUCCAUUGAGGAGAGUUGCCAAAUUGGUGCUAGACAGAAAUCCUGAAAACUACUUCGCUGAAGUCGAGCAAUCUGCUUUUAGCCCUGCGAACGCCGUCCCGGGCAUUGAACCUUCAGCAGACCCAGUCUUGCAGGCAAGAUUGUUCUCCUACGCUGACACACAGCGUUACCGCCUAGGACCCAACUUCAGCCAGGUACCCAUUAACCGCCCUCUGCAGGCUUACUGUCCUUUCCAAAGAGAUGGUCCGGGUCGUAUGGACGGAAACUAUGGUGCAGUCCCCAACUACCCCAGCUCUUUUGAACCAUUAGACUACAGAGCUGAUGCUUCCAACAACGAAGCCCACGAGAAGUGGGUUGGUGAAGCAACAUUUUUCCAUUGGGGAGCUACAGAGAAGGACUAUGAGCAGCCAAGAAUUUUCUGGGAAGUGUUCAAGAGAACCGGCCAACAGGAUGCGUUCAUUCAUAAUAUAGCGGAAAAUGUCAAGACCACGAGACCUGAUGUUCAGGAGCGUGUCCUGAAGUUAUUUUCAAAAGUCAAUCCUGAAAUUUCUGAGCAUAUUUCACAAACCUUACAUAAGGUCACUUCCAAAUGA